GUGUAUAAUUUGUAUCAGCUAAAAUAAAUAUUUAACAAGCUUUUCUCUGCUUCUCUCUACUUUUCUCUUUCUUUAUUGUCAUGUCUGGAAAGGGAGGAUACUCAUCCAUAGAUGAUCCUAAUGAAGGGUCUUCAUCAGAACCACUUUUAUCGUCGCCCAACAAAAAGAAUACUUGGAAAGAUCAUGUUAAACGCGCUCAACUCUAUGUGAAACAAAACCUGUUACAUAUCUUGACUCUUCUUGCAGUGAUUGCUAUCAUGGCUGUCUUGAUCAUUUAUAUGUUCUUGCCUGAAGCAUCUGUGUUGCCCCAUAAACCCAAAAAUAAUCGUAUAAUUAAACCUGGUGUAUCUAAAUUGACCAUGGAGGCCGGCCGUGCCAAAUGUGAAGCUAUUCAGACCAGAAAGAGAGAUAAAAGCACACCCAGCCCUAACCGUAAAAAUCCUCGUGCCGAUCCUACACAGAAGCCUAUCUUAUUCAAACAUGCUGUAGUUUGGGAUGGCCAAGGUGGUGUUUUGGACGAUGUAGAUGUCUAUGUUGAAGACGGUGUUAUUCGUCAAGUUGAAAAGAACAUCAAGGUGAAGCGUGAUGAUGUUAAAGUGAUUGAUGUUGCUGGUCAUAUUAUGGGUCCUGGUUUAGUAGAUAUGCAUAGCCAUAUGGGUGUUGAUUCUUGGCCUGAAUUUGCUGGUACAGAUGAUACCAAUGAAAUGACUCAACCACUUACACCUUUUGUUCGUACCAUUGAUGCUUUUAAUCCAUCUGAUAAGGCUAUUCGUAUUGUGUCAUCUGGUGGUGUAACAACUGCUUUAGUGUUGCCUGGUUCCGGCAAUUUGAUCGGUGGUGAAGCUUUUGCUUUUAAGCUUCUUCCUAAAGCAACGGUUAGUAACGAAGAUAUGCUUGCCCAAGCUAAUAUCAACCCUGAAGAAGAAACUAAAUGGCGUUGGAUGAAGCAUGCAUGUGGUGAAAAUCCAAAGCGCGUCUAUGGUAACAGAGGACAAAUGCCUUCUACUCGUUUGGGUGAAGCUUAUCUUUUCCGUAAGGAAUAUCAAAGAGCUCAGCAGCUUAAGCAAGCACAAGAUGACUGGUGUGAAGCCGCUAGUCACUCACCUUCUGCUCGUUUCGAAUCACCUUUCCCUGAAGACUUGGAACUUGAAUCUCUUAUUGCCCUAUUACGUCAUGAAGUACUUCUCAAUGUUCAUUGCUAUGAAACCCACGAUAUUGAAGCCAUGAUCCGUCACUCCCUCGAAUUCAACUUUACCAUUAGUGCUUUUCAUCAUGCUCUUGAUGCUUACCGUAUUCCUGACAUUUUACGUCGUGCACCCAAUAAUAUCACGAUUGCUACAUUUGCUGAUCAUUGGGGCUAUAAAAAGGAAGCCUUCCAAGCCAUUCCUGAAGCUCCCAAGAUCCUUUAUGAGGCUGGUGUUCCUUUAGCUUUAAAGAGUGAUCAUCCUGUAUUGAAUUCUCAACAUUUGAUUUUUGAAGCUGCCAAGACAACCCAUUACGGAUUGCCUCCUCAAGAAGCUUUCAAGGCUGUUACUUCUACCCCUGCUAAUGCUAUUGGUUUAGGUCACCGCAUAGGCUCACUCAAGGUCGGUUACGAUGCUGAUCUUGUCAUUUGGGACCGUGAGCCUCUUGAAUUAGGUGCCACUCCUUUACAAGUCUUUAUUGAUGGCGUACCUUUGUUUAGAGAACCUGCGAUUGAACCCGUCGUUGCUCAUGCUCAAACUGAACAGAAAAAGACAAAUGCAAAGGCACCCAAGAAGCUCGAAGGUGCUACAUCAUUCGCUUUGAAGAAUGUAGGCUAUUCAUUUUUGGGCGAGUCUCCUGUCAAAGGACCUAUUGAAGUUGUUGUUAAAGACGGUUCUGUUAUUUGUUCUGCUGCUGACUGUACUCCUGCCAUUGCUUCUGUUCAAAAUACUCUUCCUGAAUACGAUCUCCAAGGCGGCUAUGUUCUUCCUGGUCUUAUUGGUGUUGGUUCUAGCCUUGGUCUUAUUGAAAUCGAUGGUGAAGCUCAUACCGGUGAUGGAAGAGUUGCCUCUAGUAAAUCAUAUGAUCCUAAAGACAUUGUCCAAGCUGUUGACGGUAUCAAAUUGAGCACACGUCAUUUAGAAGAAGCAUACAAGGGUGGUAUUUUAUCCUUGAUUACGGCUCCUAUGUCUAACAACGUUGUUGCUGGUGUUUCCGCUGCUUUUAAGACGGGUGCUGACUCAUUGCUUACCGAUGGCGCUCUCAUUUCACCUGCUGUUGCUCUUCAUUUACAAAUUGGCGAUGAUUACAAAUCAAGCAGCUUCCCUACCAUUUCUAGUCAAAUCAGCUUUAUUCGUCAAAUCUUGAAAGACAAUCUCAAGAACGACAACGAUUACGGAAAGGCUGCUAAUGGUAUUAUUCCUACCAUCAUUACUGCUUACAACAAGGACGAAAUUGCUUCUUUAAUCACUCUUAAGAAAGAACAUCUUCCCAAGGCACGCUUCGUCAUUUUGGGUGGUCAUGAAGCUCAUUUGGUUGCUCCCUAUUUGGCUGAAGCAAAUAUUCCUGUUGUACUUCAACCUGUUUUGUGUACGCCUUCUCGAUUCGACUCCAUUCACUGUUUAACAGGUGCCCCCUUGACCAACGGUACAGCUGCUCAUGUGUUGCAUAGCCACGGCGUAAAGCUCGGUGUUGGUAUUUACGAUAAUGGUCUUGCUCGUAACUUGGCUUGGGAUGCUGGAUGGUUAGCUGCCACAUCUCCUUCUUCUUCUGCUUUAGAAGGUGGUGCUAUCUCUGAAGUGCAAGCUAUCCAAUUCAUCACAAGUAACAUUCGUGACAUCUACGGUCUUCAAACAACUGCUUUCAAUGGCGAUGAUUUCAUUGUCUAUUCUGGCAGUCCAUUUGAUGUUCAAAGCCGUAUUAUCCUUAUCCAUUCUGAAACCAAUGGUCUUCAUACUGUGUAAAUAAAUAAACUCUAAAGUAGUAUGCGCAUUUUAGUGUAACAGUCAAUCAGUUUUUUGAUAGAGC